AGAUCGGUGCUGACCAAUUUAGUCAGAAGAAUAUGCUUCUGUUUUGUCCAACAUGUGGGAAUGUGUUGAUUGUAGAGGAAGGACAGAAGUGCUAUCGAUUCGCCUGCAACACAUGUCCGUACGUGCAUAACAUUACUAGGAAGGUAAACAACAGGAAGUAUCCCAAACUGAAAGAGGUUGAUGAUGUGCUUGGUGGAGCUGCAGCCUGGGAAAAUGUGGAUUCCACGCCAGAAAAAUGUCCCAAGUGUGAGCACCCCCGAGCAUUCUUCAUGCAGAUUCAGACUAGAUCUGCAGAUGAACCGAUGACAACAUUCUACAAAUGCUGCAAUUAUGAGUGUGGACAUCGCUGGAGAGACUAAACUGGUGUUCAAUAGGAUCUCUACCUGAGAACACUAGUUGAGUCAGCUGGUUUUAUGGUGUAUGUGCUGUAGCCAAAUCUUAUGUUGUCAUGCCAGACAGCUUUGGCAUAACAGUGAAUAAACAGAUAGGAGUUUGGACCACAUGACUUCUAGUUGACCACACCAUUGGUGCUAAGCGUGUUGGAGAAAAAGUAGCAAGUUGGUGUAAUAUACACUUCUGCCAAAUGUACUUCAUACACAAGAGUAUGUCCUUACUUUAUCAUUGUGAUUAGUUAUCUUCUCUGGGUUGUUUCCUAUUACAUUCAGAAGUCAAUUGCACUUCCAAUUUAUAGCUGAAGAUACAUCAUUUGUGUUUGAGUAGUUGCCAAAUGACCAGAAUCCAUUGUUGGUGUCAUUAUUUUAUCUCCUAGAUGUUUAACAUAUUAUAAAAAUGACUGUUUUUGGAUUAAGAGUAUGACCAUCUGACAAAUUACUAAUACUGUAAAAUCACAUACUGGUUUGUUAUGUUAAAAUAACUACACUGUAUGCAACAGUAAUGACCCAACUUAUCAUUUAGAUGUACAUUAUACCAUUUUGUUUUUGAGGGGGCAACAGACCAAACUAGCUACCAACAUCAAAGACCAUCAUUGUGUUCAAAGUUAAAUACAAUCCCUAAACUCUGCUUUUACUACAUGUUUUUACACAGCUUCAAGUCACUUCACACUGAAACCUGUUUCUCUGUGGACUGAUAGAUCAACUAGAAAAUCUCAGCCUCUGACAUGUGCAUGGUGCUCGGUGAAUGCACGGAGCUCAUUGAAGCUCAAUGUAGUCCUGCAUCAAUGACAGGUGAUCAGGUCUUACAAAAUUAGCUAGUCUCCUUACCAGUUGGGUCUUAAUGAUAAUGAAGCUUGGCAAGCAAGGCUAUAAAGUAUCUAACUGAAUGACAGUCCAAACCACUUAAAUAAAAACUGUACAGUAAAUUCAUGGUAAUUCUGGUUUUAUGAAUGUAUGAAAUUUCACAUGGGAACUUGUGCUUAUAUAAUGGUAUUGCGAAUGCACACAUUUGCUUCAUUAUCAAAAUUGAAUACAUUAACAUGACUGGCAUUAUUGUAACAGCUCUAGCAAAAAUCACUGGACAUCAAGUGACUAUGUAAAGCACAUAGAGGAUUAAAAAAGACAGAAACACAUACUUCUCUCAAUUAAGUGAGAACUAAAUAAAUUAAACUCAGUCUUACCAACUCGA